AAAUCUGUCACUGUCAUAUUAGGAAGAUAGUAAAGCGCAGAAGCGAAUGAAUGAUUAAGAAUUAUUUUCCCAAUAAUUUUAUUUUAUCUCGUGGUGUGAUCGUUUAAUAGUGUCAUCAUUAUUGUUUUAGAAUUAGAAAGCUAGUCUCUACUGGUGCAGAAUUAAGCGCGUAUGCUUAUAAUGAUAGGAUUAAGUUGACGUAACAGUGGCCUAUUCCAAUAACUUGAUUAUUGGAGUAAUGCUGCCACGGGCUCAAGACGCUUUCGUAACAAACUAAAUGGCAAAACAUUAGUAGAUUGUAAAGAUGAUGUACGGUACCAAUGGCUCAGAUUUUCCACCUGUAACGGAAGACACAUUUUGUAAAUAUGUUUUAUACUACGAAAUAAAUAAUUCAAGGGUCCGUAUUUGGGAUUUAAUUAUUUUGAUACCAAACGCCUUGUUUGUGCUUUUCUUAGUGGUAAGGUUUAACAAAGCUCAGUUAAAAUUGCGUGCUACCAGCAGCCCUAUAUUCUUGACGUUUUACACAUUGGUAUGGGGCAAUGUGAUCAUAAGUCUGGUGCGAUGUGCGGUGUCCAUGACUGUAAAUGCUGCCAUGCCACUGGGUGGCAUGGUGGACAAGGUGUUGUGGGUCAUGGUGAGAUUUUUUCUGCUUGCAACCGAGAUGAGUGUUGUCAUAUUUGGAUUGGCUUUUGGCCAUUUGGAUAGCCGCAGCAGUAUUAGAUAUGUGUUACUGGCAACAUCUCUGUUAUCCCUUGCAUUCACUGUGACACAAGGUACUCUUGAGAUUGUCAUGCCGGACGACAUGUUUCAUGUGGACACCAGAGAUUAUGACCUGUUUGGACAUGGUGGGAUGCUGUUCUGGUUUACAUCAUCAUUAGUCUUUGCACUAAUUUACUUCUUAAUACUGCUACUGCCAUGGAUUCCACUCAGAGAAUAUCUAGCUUUACCAACGAAACUGUCAUUCUACCUGUAUGUGCUGCUACUGGCGCUACUGGACACCACACAGGCUGUCGGCGCGGGACUCCUAGCCUGGGGCAACAUGCAGUCUGGUCUCUGUGUCGUCGAUGUCACCACCUGGCUCUACUUCUCCUUAUACACUCCCCUUGUCUACCACACAUUCCUAAGCGAAUUUUUCAGCGUAUCUCAACCGAGCAUCAUGUUCUCGUACAAGGCUCAGAUGGACGAGCCUAUGGACGAAGACCAAGUAUCCUUGCCGCACCAACAGAGCUUCAGUUCUUUGAAGACAGAUUCGGAUUACAUUUAUCAGCAGAGUAAUAGCGUAUACGACAGCACACUGUUCGAGGCCGGCGGGACCACGCCCAUGAACCCGGUGUACAGCGCGUCUCUACAGAGCCCCGACUCGAUAGCGUCCGGCCAGUCCAUAGAGAUCGGAGUACCCAACUCCGGCUUCCAAAGCCAAAACAUGCCCUCAACAUAACAACAAUCACGGCACCAUAAACGCUCGUCAUUGUGUUAUCCAAUUCCACACAUCCAAAGAAAAAAACAUUAACUAUAUUAUUAGAGUCGCGAUAGAUAAAGAGAGGUUAUAGCUAGUUGAUAUUAUUUUCUACUUUAAUGAAUCUCAUAGGUAACUCUUUUAUAUUUACCAACACAACAUGUUGUCUUGCGUACCAUUACUUUUGUGAUAAGUAAAGCCAGUGAUCAAAUCGAAUUAUUGAGACUGCAUUUCAUCCCAUUUCUGCUAACUAUUAUACUUACCUAAUUCAUCGUGUAAUGGCUCCAUCCAUAAGAUUUUGACAUUAGAUUAAAGUAAUAGUGGUUAAUGAGUAGAUUUAUUAUAAAAGUUGCUGUGACAGUAGUGACUUGUCUUGUGAUUUUAUAUUUAGUUGCCUUGUUCAGUUUAUGACAUUGCAGCAAAGAAACUUAAAAAGUUGUGUGCAGGUUGGGCGAAUAUUAAGAUAGAUUCUCUAUUCUCGAAAUAAGUAAUAUAAUUAACACGGAAAUAACUCUGCAGCACUCGUGAUUGUAAGCUAUUGGUUAUGACUACGUCAGAUUUGAAGUAUGGAAAGGAUUGAUUAUUUUGAGUAACAUGGACAAAGUGAAUGGAAAUGACUCUUUAAUUUGACCAUAUCGUUUAUUAUUAAAGUACAUAAGCGUAACUCAUAAAAUUUAACAUAUCUGAACUAAACAAUUUAUCGAUACAAAGCAAUCAUUCGGAACUAAGUAGUGUUCAUUUACAAGUUCAGUGUUGACUGUCCUUAGAUUUAAAUGAACUCAUGUAAUUAAAUGCAGUCUGCGCCUAACUUAGUCCUUUAUAAUGCUACAGUAUUCAUACUUCAAGUAUUAGAGAGAUGGGCGUCGCCAGGAUUAGUUUUUAGUGAGGUGCAUUUGCAUUUCAGCUCAAGUGUACGGCCGAUCGCAAAGAAACUUUAACUUUCAGCUUGAUAAUAAGCGGGUCUAUUCCAAACCAAUGAGCUACUAGAAAAAUAACCUCUAGAGUUAUCCCUAUCUUGAGUUGUUUGGGCUAUCUAUUCUCGAAUUUAUCGUGCGAGAAAUUUAAGCACAAAUUUCUCGCACGCAUCAACUAAGGGUCAUGAAUGUAACCUCUUGCAGCUAGCUGCCGGCGCCCAAUCUUAGCGACCUGUUGUAAAAUAUAUUUCUUUUGUUCUGUGAAUUGUGCUACAGAUGUUAAUUGUAAGUAAUGAGUUGUAUUUUAAGUGUGAUUGAUAUGUUACGGGUAAAGUCUGUUGAUCAAGAAAUAGUUUGGAGACAAUUGCCGCACUCAUUUGCAGGCUUUGCCAGUAAUAGAUACCUACAUAUAGGCUUGUUUAUAUGUUAUUGUACUGUGAUGCAUUAAUCUACUUACUUUUUUGUUAUUUUUUUUUUAUGAGAAUCAGAGUGAGUAAAGACGUGGCAGAAAUUGGAAUACAAGCAAUGUUUUAAAUAGAUUAAUAAAGAAAGACAAUUAUACAAUUUAUGAUCAUUAUCUGAUGGAUGAUCCUAUUGAUAAUUUUUAUUUCAAUUGUAUCAAUAAUUUAUCUAAGAUAGAGUUUUGACUAUAUAAAUAUGUUCUUGUCAACACCACUUGCGUUACCAAUACAAUUGUUUUACAUUUCCCACCUCAAAUAAAUUUUACUAUAUUCCAAAAUGGUUUUACUGGAGAGUAAUCGAAUAUAUUUUUCGUACAAAAACACUUCUAAGGCACGCUGUAUAUAAUAAGCCUGUUUAUUUUACAAACUUUUAUUGAUUUUUGUUUAUUUGUGUUGUACACUUAUUUUGAGGAAGUGAUUUUAAAAUAUACUCAAUCAGAAUGGGUCUGAAGUGGUCAUGUCAAUUCUCUUCAACAGUUUUAUCACCACUGAGGACCAAGUCAAUUUUUUCCUUUUAAAUUGUGAUAGUCCAUAUUAUAAAUUAUAAUUAUGAAACCUUAAGUGAUAUUUUGGUUGAUGGCAUAUAUUUUUGUUGUUUUCGUCUCUUAGAAGUUAAAUAAAGUAAAUACUUUUAUUGAAAAAA